GGCCACAAGACCAGAGUUGGAAAAUGUACCAUCGUACUGUACGGAUCGUCAAUAUACGAAAGAACCGUCAAAACGCACACACUUCACAACAAGCUCCAUGGCUAUCCUCUCCACGUGCUUCGUCAAUCAAUUAUGGACGAUGUCUGGUCGAAGCCGGCGUACAUACUUUCGCUCUUGUUACGAGAAUUGGCCAAACCUCAAGAAGAACGACUUGAGUGGCUUCUUUGGGUUGAUGCUGACACCAUAAUGUUGAAUCCGUAUGUGUCGUUGGAAAUAUUCCUGCCUCCUUCGCCCCAGUUCGAUGAUAUCCAUUUGCUGGUGACAAACGACUGGAACGGACUCAACAACGGCGUCUUUCCCAUUCGAGUCAACCAAUGGGCUGUUGAACUCCUCUCCGCAAUUAUUUCAUCGAGAUAUUACAAGCCAGACCAGGAUUUGACGUUCCGAGACCAAAGUGCCAUGGACGCCCUUUUGAAAGACAAAAAGUUUGCAGCACAUACAGUCGAAGCUCCUCAGAGAUGGUUCAAUGCUUAUCAGGGGGAGCAUAACGAGACCUUAGCGCCCUACCAAGUUCGCCGAGGCGACUUCUUGGUCCACUUUGCUGGCGUGAUCAAUCGAGACGAGCGAAUUCUGUUCUGGCUCGAUCGUGCCGAGCAACAUCUACCAGACUGGGAGAUGGAAGUACAGCAUACCUCGUAUCCGGCCGAGGUCAAAGAUUUCUGG